AUGUGGCAAGACGACGAGGACAACAACCCAUAUGGGUCCUUCAACAACCAGGACUCUUCCAUCGACCACGCCAACCCAGCUCUAACCAUCUCUUAUUCAAAUCAAAUCUCCACUCCCCCGUCUUCACAGUCCUCUCCAAACCAGCCGCCUCAACUCCGAUCCGGACCAAAUACCGUAAGCGAUGACGAUGACGAAUAUAAUACAAAUCCCGAGUCAGCGCAUACCCCACCGAAGGGUGGCUACGAUAGCAGAGUGCAACAGAUCCUCUACGAAACUCCCGAUUUGGAGAUCGUUAUAACUGAUGCUGGCAAGAGUUCAGAUGGAGGCUAUAUUGUAUACAAGAUUCGGACCGGAGAUAUCGAGGCCGCGAGAAGAUAUUCAGAAUUUAGCUCCCUCCGUGCUGCUCUUGUCAACCUUCAUCCCACGUUGGUCAUUCCUCCCAUACCUGAAAAGCAUACCAUGGCGGACUAUGCAGCAAAGCCUACCAAAGCCAAGGAAGAUGUCGGCAUCAUUGAUCUACGGAAGCGCAUGCUAGGGGUAUUCUUGAAUCGCUGCCGGAGGAUGAAAGAGGUGGUUGAGGAUGGUGUAUGGUGGAGGUUUCUGGAUCCCAAUUCCAGCUGGAACGAAGUCUUACAUGCUCAUCCGAUUUCUUCAAUACCCAAAAAUAACUUAAAAGCCCCGCCUCUGGAUCCUGCGAACCCGACGCCUGCUCACAGCUGGUUACCUAUACCUUCGUCCUCUGCUAAAAUCAAACCGGCUGGCCCAACGUCAGGCAGUGGAAUACCAGUUGCUCCUCCAGAUCAAACGUUUCCCUCUGCUGCAGCCCACACAACACCCGGUCCGCAGAUCUACGGACGUUUCCCCAUUCAUUCUGAAAAACUGAGCGAAACGGACCUUGAUCCUUACUUCGUCAACUUCGAAUCCUCCACCCGUGAGCUUGAGUUGCUGCUGCAAGGCAGCAUCGAAAAGGUAAAUCGUCGCACUCUAGAGCAUCUCACCAAGCUUUCCGCGGAUCUUGCAGAGUUGGGAGCUCGGUACAAUGGCUUUUCGCUCUCCGAGCAAUCACCCACUGUAGCAGCAGCAAUUGAGAGAAUAGGGCAGGCUGUCGACAGUACGUAUAUAUCAACCGAGGAGCUUUCCCUGAGUUUGGGCGCCACAUUUGCGGAGCCUAUGCGGGAGAGUGCACAGUUUGCUGGUGUCGUUCGCAACGUGCUGAGAUACCGAGUGCUCAAACGAGUUCAACAGGACAUGACACGCGAUGACCUAGAAAAGAAGCGGAACCUUCUGGAUUCCUUGGAGCGCAGUGAAUUAGAAGCAAAAAGAAUCGAUGCCUAUUUGGCCAGUAGCACGACAUUCUCAAGUCCACCGCGCAGGUCCAUGUCCAACUCUUCGGCACAAAGUCCUCCUGAGCGGCAAAGAAGAGAUGGUCAUGAAGAGACCGAGUCUGUCGACUCCGAUUUCCCACCCACACAUGGCGAAUCCCCCCAGUCGCCUCCUUCGGCGGCACAAGGCCAGCCGAACCCACAAACCGGCCCAGCUUCUCCCACUUCUCACAAGAAAUCUCCAAGCGGCAAUUUUGUGACGAGCCGGAUAUUUGGCAGUUUCAGACAUGCCGUCAAUGGCUUCGUUGACGUGGACCCGGAAAGAACAAGACGGGAUCAAAUUGGAAAAACAAGAGAGAGUUUGACACAACUUGAGCAAGCCCUUGAGGUGUCCGAGAAAGAUGUCAAGGCCGCCACCCAAGGCGUCAUGCGAGACUUGAAGAGAUUUCAGAAGGAAAAGGAAGAUGAUCUUCAACGAUACAUGGUCGCUUACGCCAGAUGCCAUAUCGAAUGGGCGAGGAAAAAUUUGGAAACUUGGUCAGAGGCGAGGGAUGAGGUUGACAAGAUCGUUGCGAGAUAA